AAACGCGGGCGCUCGAGAAAAAUUCGGUGGAAAGGAAAUUCCAGUUGCUCGCUCUCCUCCCCCGGUUCCCCAAUCCCGUUUCCGUCGGCGGCCCGCCACAGAUUUUUCUCGUCCCCGUGCGUCUCCUCCUCCUCCUCCUCCUCCUCCCCCUCCCCCCUGUUGCUUUUGCUUGCUUGCGGUUGCAGGCAGCCGCUGUGCCGCGACCGCGAGCGACCUGUGUAGUAGGGGGAGGGAGGGUCGGAGGGAGCGAAAGAAGAGAAGAGAAGAGAAGGUUUGGUGGUUGUUUGGUAGAGGAGAAUAGUUGGUUGGCUCAGGGUCAGGGGGGCGAAGAUGGAGCGCAAGGUGGUGGCGGUGUGCGCGGUGGUCGGCUUCCUCGGCGUCCUCUCGGCGGCGCUCGGAUUCGCCGCGGAGGCCACCCGCGUCAAGGUUUCGGAUGUUCAAAUAAGCAGUACUCCUGGUGAAUGCAUAUACCCAAGAACCCCAGCCUUAGCACUUGGUUUAAUAUCUGCCGUCUCCCUUAUGCUCGCCCAGUCUAUCAUAAACACGGUCGCUGGAUGCAUCUGUUGUAAGAGGCAUCCUGUUCCCUCAGACACUAACUGGAGUGUAGCCCUGAUCUCAUUCAUCAUAUCUUGGUGCACUUUCAUAAUCGCAUUCCUUCUCUUGCUGACCGGAGCUGCCCUGAACGACCAGAGAGGCGAGGAGAACAUGUACUUCGGUAGCUUCUGCUACGUCGUGAAGCCAGGGGUCUUCUCUGGGGGAGCAGUGCUAGCCCUCGCCAGCGUGGCGCUAGCGAUAGUCUACUACGUCGCCCUGUCAUCGUCAAAGGGUCCUCCGCCGACGUUUGCAACCCCGCAGAACCAUGGCAUCGCGAUGGGCCAGCCUGUGAUCCCGCAGCAGAGCAGCGAACCGGUGUUUGUCCACGAAGACACUUACAAUCGGCGGCAACAGGUUCCAUGACCACACAACCUGUGGUUGGUUCAACAGGUCUCCCUAACCAGGGUACCUCAUGCAGUUGUGCUUGGUCUGUAUAGGUUGCAGGUUAGAACAAUAGCAGUCACCGUUGCUGUUAGCUAGGUUUGGUUUUCUUCUUUCUACUUCUACCCUCUUGUUUAUCGAGCAUGCCUGUUUCAUCGCGAUGGAUGUUUGAUUCUGAAAGAAUGAACUGGGUAAUGUUGUAGAGAGCUUGCAUCAUGUUCAGAGUUUGUCUGGAAACGUGGAGGUUCUUUAUCAUUUGAUGAAUACUGAAUCAUGAAUGAAAUUACAUUGCAUUGCA